CUGCGCGGGCGGGGGGCGGGGGGCUCGGGGUGGGGGUGGGGAAAAGGAACUGAGAAGUCAGGGAAAGGGAGGCCGGACGCGCAGAAGAGGGCUGAGGGCGGAGUCGCAGCUACGGCGUGGAGACAGGGAGUCGGGCCCCGGGCCGCCACCGCCACCUCGGCCGCUGCCGCCGCCAUCGCUUUCAUCCCCAUCCCCCGCCAUGGCCGAGGAGCUCUCUGCGGCCACGUCCUACACCGAAGAUGAUUUCUACUGCCCUGUCUGUCAGGAGGUGCUCAAAACGCCCGUGCGGACCGCGGCCUGUCAGCACGUUUUCUGUAGAAAAUGUUUCCUGACUGCAAUGAGAGAAAGCGGAAUACAUUGUCCCCUCUGUCGUGGAAAUGUGACUAGAAGAGAGAGAGCAUGUCCUGAACGAGCCUUAGACCUUGAAAAUAUCAUGAGGAAGUUUUCUGGUAGUUGCAGAUGCUGUGCAAAACAGAUUAAAUUCUAUCGUAUGAGACAUCAUUACAAAUCUUGUAAGAAGUAUCAAGAUGAAUACGGUGUUUCCUCUAUCAUUCCAAACUUUCAGAUCUCUCAAGAUUCAGUAGGGAACAGUAAUAGGAGUGAAACAUCCACAUCUGACAACACAGAAACUUACCAAGAGAAUACAAGUUCUUCUGGACAUCCCACUUUUAAGUGUCCCUUGUGUCAAGAAUCAAAUUUUACCAGACAGCGUUUACUGGACCACUGUAACAGUAAUCACCUAUUUCAGAUAGUUCCUGUGACAUGUCCUAUUUGUGUGUCUCUUCCUUGGGGAGAUCCUAGCCAGAUUACUAGAAAUUUCGUUAGUCAUCUAAAUCAAAGACAUCAGUUUGAUUAUGGAGAAUUUGUGAAUCUUCAGCUAGAUGAGGAAACGCAAUAUCAAACUGCUGUUGAAGAAUCUUUUCAAGUAAACAUCUGAAGGCUGUAGACAUCUCUGCAUCUUUGUACCUGCAAGUGCCAUCUUUAAGGAGAAAACUACAUGAAGUCACCAUUUCAGUAACUUGAUGUGUAUAUUAAUAAAAGUAAUCCAGUCUAUUGUUUUAGAUUUUCAAUUGAAAAAUAAAGGUGGGCCAUCUAAAAACUUCAUCCUCUUGAUAAGUUAGGACAUUCUCUUUAAAGGCAUUAAAAGGAUUAUAUUUCAUUAAUAUAAUGGUGAAAGGGAAUCCCUGUUGUACUUUAUCUUCUUUAUAGUACAUAUUCUUGAUUUUUUUCCUUAUGUUGCUUUUGAAAUUUGGUGCAACUCCUCCCACUGACAAUAUUGUACACAGGUAACUCAGUAGCAAAUUCUGAAAAAUGUGAUUGAUAUAAACCUAACAAAUCUGAGCCAGUUUUCUGAGUUGCAGAAUGGAGACUUGAAGUGCUAAAUGAAACAAUCCAAAGGAAACUUUUUAAUACAGAUUCUAGCCGAAGAAUUCAACUAUAAUAAAAUUGUAUUUAUAUAAUGUUUAGUAUUUUUGAAGACUAGUGAGAUUUCUUUAAUAAUUUUAACUCUUUAAAAAGUAAAAGCUCAUUGUAUGGAUAUUUCCUUUUUGCUAUUAGAAGGAGAUAUUAAGAGAAAAACUUAUUUCUUUGUCAUACAGUUGGUAAUUUCAAUUCUUGUUUGUUUGGCUGACUAAUUUGUAAGCCUAAAGUGUAGUAAGCUGAAUUACAGCUCUUUGGCCUCAGAAUUUUCAAUAGCCAGAAUUCCUGGUUAUCUGAGAAGACUCUUUUAUUAGAUACUUUCCGUUGGUGACAUUACAUUCAACAUAUAUAUUUAAAUGAGAGUUUUGACUUCAUCUCAUUCUAGAAAUUCAUUCAAAGCUAAAGAUUAUAUGUAUAUAUUCAUACACUCUUGUAUGUGUAUAUACACACACACAUAUGCAUGCAGUUUGUCAGGUUAUAUGCAGAAAUUCUAUUAAAUUUUUUUAAAUGGACAAGCAAUAUGGGGUUGAUGUAUUUAUCUGAUUUGUUUAAAAUUUUGUAUAUCACCAAAUUUUUAAAGUAAGUCAAAUACUGGGUCAUCCAGUUGGCUACUAUUACACCUUAAAAAUUGAGUUUACACAAUUACCUGUUUAUAUGGUGCUCAUUUGUUAUCUUAAAGAUAAUAUGUGACUGUAGUAGUGAUAUUGAUUCUACCAGCACUCUGUUUCACUACUUUUUAGUCAAAACUGGGUUUGUUCGUAGUAUUCAUUAAUGCGAAUCAUAAAAUAAUUUGUACUAGAAGGCCCAAAUCACAGAAUAAAAGAUGAAGAGUGGAUUAGCUGACAUUCCAAACUAAUAUACAUUGUUUAUGCUUUCUUUAAAAUAACUGAAAGAACAUAAAAUCUCAGAAGUAGUUUGCUGCUAAUAUAUACAUAUAUUGUAUAAAAAGGUAUAUUUUGGUUUUGUUAAAACCCUUGUUGACUUUUCUACAGUGAACAUUUUUUUAACUUGAUUUAAUAAAAAUGUUAAUUUUGGAAGUGGAGUUUUGUAAAAAACCUUUUUCACUCAAACAGUAGUGACUUUAUUUAUGGGUAAUAAUAACAGUCACCAAAAAAGCCAUACAUCCUAACAUAUGCCUUGGUUCUGUCAUUCGAAAGAGUGAUGUUUACUAUGUGCUAAAACAUUUCUCUGCAGUUACAUGAAUGUAAUUGUAAGAAUAGCUGUUUAAUGAACUCUUUAAAAAAAAGAGACUUUUGACCAUAGGCUUUUGCAGUUUAAAGCAAUAACUUCAGUACUUUCUUUCAAAAUUGAGUACUUUCAGUAUGUCAAGCCAUUCUGAGAUUUGAGAACUUUAAAGAAAAAUUGAUGAAAUUAUGUUUUGAAGUUUAUGGAUUGGUUAAAUAUCGUUUAUAGUCUUGUAUGUCUUUCAUAUAACUUUUUCCACAAGGAAAAUACUGACUUUAUCUGCUGUUACCUGGGAGCUCCUCAAUAUGGAAAUGUUUGUUUAAAACCUCCCAUCCUUUUGUCAGUAGAUUAGGAAUAGGGAUUGACUUUACAGACACAUUUUAAAUUCAUGAGAAAGUCUUUGUUUUAAAGAUGCAUAUGGCUGAGUCAGGAUAAAGAAGGAAAACUAUUGAUACUCUACCCUAAUUUCACAAUACUACUUAUAGGAAAGCUAUUACCCUCAACAAAUUACAGUUUAUGUUGUUAAACAAAGUCUUAUUUGAGAUGUAUUGCUUUAUUUUUCAAUUAAAUGUGGUUUUCUCCUA